AUGAUGAGGUUUCAACUCUGCUUUUUCAUUAUUUAUGUCAACACAGCAGUUUCUAUUCCAAUUUACGCUGAUGACAUUGUGCAAAAACAAAUGUCAACUAUCAAAACAGUUGCACACACCAGGAAUUUCACAAAACUAUUGACAUUGGUUUCCGAGAGUGUUUUCGAAUUCGAAAAUUGGGACACUGUCAGAGAAGCACUGGAAAAUGCUAAUUUACUGGUCAUAGAUACCAAAUUUCGUCAUCCUGGAAUAGUUGCAAAAGUUAUUGUGAAUGGAGAUCGCUUAUCUGAUAUGGAAUUCACACGAGAUGAGAACAGCAGUACCGGAUGGAUACUCUCAAGAGCUGGUUUUUUGGAAUGUUUGUUGGAUAAUGACUCAGAAAGUUUUUGUAUUGAAGAUUGA